GAAAACUUAUACUGUUGCAGUUAACCUUCAAAGGCAGCUACACACUGACACUGAGGUUAGUGGGAGCUUGGAGGACAUUAACCCAAUAAUCCACAUCCUUCAGGGUCGACCACCCAAAAUCAGAAUGGAAACUCGAGGUGGAAAAACUCACACAUGUGGGACAAUUUGUCUGAAAUAUCUACUGUUUUUAUUCAAUAUUCUCUUUUGGCUGGCAGGAGGAGUUGUCCUAGCAGUGGGAGUGUGGACUCUGGUGGAAAAAAGCGACUACGUCAGUUUACUGAAUUCCAGUUUUUAUUCAGCCUCUGCUUACAUCCUGAUAGCAGCUGGGGUCAUCGUCAUAGUGACGGGGAUAAUCGGAUGCUGUGCCACUCUGAAGGAGAUGAAGAGUCUUUUGAUUGUGUAUUUGAUCUUGUUACUCUGUAUUGUCCUGCUGGAAAUCAUUGCUGGUGUGCUGGCCUACAUAAAGUACCAAGAGUGUUUCCCUUUCUGCUACCAGCUGGACGAGGAGCUCAGACAGAAUCUGAAGGUGAACAUGCAGCAGAAAUACAAGCAGCCCGGGGAGGAGAGCGUCACACAGGCUGUGGACAAGCUUCAGCAGGAGUUCAUGUGCUGUGGCAGUGGAAACUUCUCUGACUGGAGAGACAGUGUGUGGAUCCAAGCUGCAGAUAAUGCAAGACUCGUUCCUGACAGCUGCUGUAAAACUCCCAGUGACCUCUGUGGUCUCAGGGACCAUCCAUCCAACAUCUACAAUGUGGAGGGAGGCUGCAUCAUGAAACUAGAAGACUUCAUCCUCAGUCAGUUGUAUAUUCUUGGUUCAGUGGGUAUUGGGAUUGCAUUUCUCCAGAUUUUUGGGAUGAUGUUUACUUGCUGCCUUUAUCAAAAUUUGAAAGAAGAUCCAUACUGAUUUUUUUUUAAUGUCACAAAAAAUGUGCCAACAGUAGAAGUAUUAAUGCUGCUGGACAGCACUUGUUUUUAGUUUCUUAUGGACACUUUCAGCAUACAGAUGUACUGUAAGAAAAUGUGUUUGGAUGGGGUAAAAAUAGUUUUAUUUUCAUUAUUUAAAGUAUAUGUAUAUUAGUGUGGGUCUCAUUUUCUAUGUAUACGUGUGUAAUGCAGUGAGCCCCAAGAUUAAAAACUUUUUUUUUGAAGGAAAAUAAAAGUACACCUGCCACCCA